AUGCUUAAGCUUACGGUCAUCGUUAUACUUUUCAUUAGCUCUGUAAAAUCAGACGGAGAUGAUCAUGAUAAUGGUCACAGUCUUUUCGACAAAUAUGACUCGGAUCAUAACGGGGUACUUGGAAAAUCCGAGUUCAGCACACUGUUCAUGGGAUUUGAUGCAUGGCCGGAGGAUCACCGGGUCUCCGAACACGAGUUUGUAAAUGGCUGGACAUCGCGCAACAGCCAACUGUCUGAACCUGGUUCCGUAACACUAUUUUUCUUUCGCACGGACCUUGACGGUGACAGAGUAAUUACACAAAAUGAUAUCAACACUCUGUUCAGCAUGUUUGAUGAAAAUGGCAAUACAUCCGUGAGUAGACAGGAAUUCUGUGACGCCUUCUCUGCCAUGUACUACGCCAUUGAUAAGUGUUGA